CCCGCGCGGCCCCACGUGACCGCCCUGCGGCGGGAGAUUCGAAUCGCGGGCGGGGCCGCGGCUGCACCAUGGAGGGAGCGGGACCGGAGUCGAUUCGGAAUGAGCGCCUCACGGCGGACGAGAUGGACGAACGGCGGCGGCAGAACGUGGCCUACCAGUACCUGUGCCGCCUGGAGGAAGCCAAGCGCUGGAUGGAGGCCUGCCUGGGCGAGGAGCUGCCCCCCCCCACGGAGCUGGAGGAGAGCCUGCGCAACGGGGUCCUGCUGGCCAAGCUGGGCCACUGCUUCGCCCCCGACGUGGUCCCUGCCAAGAAGAUUUACGACCGCGAGCAGACGCGGUACAAGGCGAGCGGCCUCCACUUUCGGCACACGGACAACAUCAACCACUGGCGCGACGCCAUGAGCCGCGUGGGCCUGCCCUCGCUCUUCCACCCGGAGACCACCGACAUCUACGACAAGAAGAACAUGCCGCGGGUGGUCUACUGCAUCCACGCCCUCAGCCUGUACCUCUUCAAGCUGGGGCUGGCUCCGCAGAUCCAGGACUUGUACGGGAAGGUGGACUUCACAGAGGAGGAGAUCAACAACAUGCAGCGGGAGCUGGACAAGUACGGCCUGCAGCUGCCUGCCUUCAGCAAGAUCGGGGGCAUUUUGGCCGACGAGCUCUCGGUGGACGAAGCGGCAGUCCACGCCGCCGUGCUGGCCAUCAACGAGGCGGUGGAGCGGGGGGUGGCGGCGCAGACGAUGGAGGCGCUCCUCAACCCCAGCGCGAUGCUGCUCGACCUGCGCCCGGGGCUGGCGGGCGCCUACCAGGAGGUGCUGCACCGGGCCAAGAGGGAGAAGGGCAGCAACGCCAGGAACAGGCACCUGCAAGCGAUUCCGGAGGGCGAGGACAUCUACGACCGCUGCCUGACGCAGGCUGAGAUACAGGGGAACAUCAACAAGGCGAACGUGCAAGGAGCUCUGGAGGAUGUGGACGAUGCCCUGGAGACACAGGACGCGCUGGCGCUGUACCGCGCGCUGCAGGACCCCGUCCUGGCCCUGCGCCACCUCCGGCGGGACAACCUCGACCGCUACCUGGAGCAGCUCGGCGCAGACCGGCAGCAGAAGGCCCUGGAGCUGGGCUACGCGGAGCUGCUGGAGCAGGAGGAGGUGGCCGCGGGCAUCACGGCGGCGAACGAGAAGGGCGAGGAGGAGCGAGCCAUGCUGCAGGCCGUGAGCCGAAUCAACGCUGCCAUCCACCGCGGGACGCCGGACAAAACGCUGGAGGCGCUGAUGGAGCCUGCGGCGCAGCUCCCCGCCGUGCACCCGCUCGCUGCCCCCCUGUACCAGCACCAGCUGGCCCUGCUGCAGCGCCAGCACCCGAGGGGCGAGCUGGUGCAGGAGGAGCUGUUUGUGGCCGUGGAGAUGCUUUCAGCCGUGGCGCUGGUGAACCGAGCCCUGGACGCCGGGGACCUCGACGGGCUCUGGAGCAGCCUGGUCAGCCCUGCCCUGGGGCUUUCAGACGUGGAGGAUGGAAAUGCGCAGAGGUAUUUCGACGACUUACUGCAGCUGAAAGGCCAACUUAGGAAAGCAGGAGCGGAGUUCCUCACCUGGAACGACCUUCAGGACGGCGUGCACGCCACCAACUCAGCGGUGCAAGACGAGAACGACAGAGUCCUCGCCGUCCGGCUGAUCAACGAGGCGCUGCUGCAGGCGGACCCCCAGAAGACGCUGGCGGCGUUGCUGCUGCCCGCGGCCGCCCUGCCCGGUGUCACCGCGGCCGCCGCUCGGCGCUACCACGAUGUCCUCGCCCGGGCGCGGGCGCUGAAAGCCCAGGCCACCAAGGACGACAGAGCUGUGCUCUGGUGGGAGGAGAUCCAGCGCGGGGUCUGCGGGGCCAACGAGGACGCGGCGGCAGCGAGGCGCAUGGCUCUGGGCACUGCCGCCAUCAACCAGGCCAUCAAGGAGGGGAAGGCGGCGCAGACGCUGCGGGUGCUGCGCAACCCCGACGUGGCGCUGCGCGGCGUGGUGGACGCCUGCGCCGCGGCGUACCAGGAGCGGCUGGCGGCGCUGGCGGCCACCAAGAGGCAAGCAGGGAACACGAAGCCUCGCUGGGUGCGGCACGGGCUGCAGGAUGGUGCUGAGUACUUCCUGAGCCUGCAGACCUUCGAGGGCAGCUGGGAGCGGCCGCGCGACGGCGAGCUCUGCACCACGCACCUGAGCCGGGAGGAGAUCCAGGCGGUCGUCACCCAAGCGACCGCAGCGCACGACCGCGAGCGCCUGUGGGCGUCCCACGUCCCCUUCGUGGUGAGGCUGCAGGCUCGGCUGCGAGGCUUCCUCGUCCGCCAGCAGCUCGCGGCGCGCUGGCGCGUCCUGCGGGAGGAGCAGCCGGCCGCCCUCAGGAUCCAGGCUUGGUGGAGGGGACAGAAGCAGCGCCGAGCUUACCUGGAGCGCCUGCGCUACCUGCGAGCCCACGCGGGUGCUGCGGUCAAGAUCCAGGCGGGCGUGAGGAUGUGGCAGGCUCGGAAAAGGUACCAGGAGAGGCUGCGCUACUUCAGGAGGAACGUUAAAGCCGUAAUUAAAAUCCAGGCUUUUGUGAGAGCCAACAAGGCCCGCGGGGAUUACAGGAUGCUAGUCCACGCCAGGAGCCCGCCGCUGAGCAUCGUCCGGCGCUUCAUCCACCUGCUGGAGCAGAGCCAGCAGGACUUUUGGGAGGAGGCCGAGGUGCUGCGGCUGCGGGAGGAGGUGGUGAAGAGGAUCCGGGCCAGCCAGCAGCUGGAGAGCGACCUGGACCUCAUGGACAUCAAGAUCGGGCUGCUGGUCAAGAACCGGAUCACGCUGCAGGAGGUGGUUUCCCAUUGCAAGAAGCUGACCAAGAAGAACAAGGAGCAGCUCUCGGAGAUGAUGUCCCUAGACAAGCAGAAGGGGCUCAAGUCGCUCAGCAAGGAGAAGAGGCAGAAGCUGGAGGCUUACCAGCACCUCUUCUACCUGCUGCAGACCCAGCCCGGGUACCUGGCCAGGCUGAUCUUCCAGAUGCCCCAGAACAAGUCCACCAAGUUCAUGGAGUCGGUGAUCUUCACGCUUUACAACUACGCGUCCAACCCCCGGGAGGCUUACCUGCUGCUCCAGCUCUUCAAGGUGGCGCUGCAGGAGGAGAUCAGGUCCAAGGUGGAUCACAUCCACGACAUCUUGACGGGGAACGCCACGGUGAUCCGGCUGGUGGUCAGCUUCUACCGCAACGCCCGCGGGCAGAACGCCCUGCGGCAGAUCCUGGGCGGCCCGGUGCAGGAGGUGCUGCAGGACAAGACCCUCAGCAUCCGCACCAACCCCGUGGACAUCUACAAGGCGUGGGUCAACCAGAUGGAGUCGGAGAGCGGGCAGCAAAGCAAGCUCCCGUACGAGGUCAGCCCCGAGCAAGCCCUCAGCCACCCCGAGGUCCAAAGGCGGCUCGAUAUUUCCAUCCGUAACCUUCUUGCGACGACAGACAAGUUUGUCUCUGCCAUCACCUCGUCCGUAGACAAAAUCCCCUACGGCAUGCGCUACGUGGCCAAAAUCCUGAGGACGUCCUUGGCUGAGAAGUUCCCCAAAGCCUCGGAGGAGGAGGUCGACAAGGUCGUGGGGAACCUGCUCUACUACCGCUUCAUGAACCCAGCCGUGGUGGCCCCCGACGGCUUCGACAUCGUGGACAUCUCGGCCGGGGCGACGCUGCACCCCGACCAGCGCCGCAGCCUGGGCUCCGUCGCCAAAGUGCUGCAGCACGCGGCCGCCCGCAAGGUCUUCGAUGGGGAGAACGCCCACCUCUGCGGGGUCAACCGCUACCUGGAGGACACCCACGGCAAAUUCAGGAGGUUCAUCGCCGCCGCCUGCCGUGUCCCUGAGCCCGAGGAGAGGUUCAACGUGGACGAGUACUCGGAGAUGGUGGCGGUGGCCAAGCCGGUCAUCUACAUCACCGUUGGGGAGCUCAUCGACACGCACAAGCUCCUGCUCGAGCACCAGGACUCCAUCGCACCGCACCACGGGGAUCCCCUGCACGAGCUCCUGGAAGACCUCGACGAGCUUCCCACCGUCCAGUCCCUUGUCGGGGAGAGCGCUCCCAGCCCUGCGGAGAGCAGCGCCGGGGCCGUGCUCGCCCAGCUCAGCAAGAUGGAAAUCUCCCUCACCCUCACCGGCAAGCCGCUACCGGAGGCCGACAGCGAGGAGAACGACGCCAGGAGCUUGCUGCUGAGCACCAAGCAGAUGCUGGUGGACGUGAUCCAGUCCCAGCCAGGAGGGUCCCUGCCAGAGAUCCUGCGGACACCGGCGUCGGAUCUUGAGGAAGCCUCCCACGAGCACCUGAUGCGCAGGCGAGCGCUGCGGGACGCCCAGACCCCCGACAAGCUGAAACGCAACCGCUCGCUGGCCGCCAACAGCCAGCUCUCCGUGGAGGAGAAGAAGCGCAAGAUCAUCCGCAACCUGCGGCGCUUGGAGAGCCUGGGGCUCGUGGAUUCUGCUCAUCAGUACCAGGGGCUCGUUAACGAGCUGGCCAAGGACAUCCGCAACCAGCGGCGCUACCGGCAGCACCGCAAGGGCGAGCUGCUGAAGCUGAGGCAGACCCUGCAAGGCCUCGACUCCAAGACCCUGCUUUACGAGGAGCAAAUCGAUUACUACAACCAGUACAUCAGGACCUGCCUCGACAACCUGGCAGCCAGCAACAGGGCCAGCGGGAAGAGCAAGAAGCUGCAGCCGCUGCGCUACACGGCGGCGCGGCUCUUGGAGAAGGGCGUGCUGCUGGAGAUCGAGGACCUGCCGGUCAGCCAGUUCAGGAACGUCAUCUUCGACAUCGUGCCCUGCGAGGAGUCCGGGAGGUUCCAGGUGAAAGCCAAGUUCAUGGGGAUCGACAUGGAGAGGUUCCAGCUGCACUACCAGGACCUGCUGCAGCUGCAGUACGAGGGCGUAGCCGUCAUGAAGAUGUUCGACAAAGCCAAAGUCAACGUCAACCUGCUCAUCUUCCUCCUCAACAAGAAGUUCUUCAAGAAGUAACAGGAGAAGGGGGGGGGGGGGACAGGGGGCACCGGGAGCGCUGCAAACCUGCCAGGGCCCCCCUUUUCUGCGUGCAUGCAGCGUGCUUCUGCUCCUGCAGCAAAUGGCGUCGGCCUGGGGGGAACGGAGCACUUGGGCACCCCAAAAUCCCACGUGUGCAUCCCCCGGGAGCAGGCGUGAGCCCUGC